AGCCUUGUUCGUAAUCCAUUAAUUUCACCGUCUCUUUCGGUUAUUGAUUUUAAGCUUGUGACUUCCGGAUUAAAAUCCAUUGCAGAUUUUAAUAUUGUCUUCAUGGCUAAAUCGGAAUUGGAUUCUACUUUAGGUAUUGCAUCAGAUUCUGAUUGGGAUUCUUCAAGCGAUGAUCUGGCG